GACGCAGUGAAGAGGAGCAUCGUGCGUAAGGAAGAAGGAAACUGACAGCUUAGUGCUAUUAAAUACUUUAAUACUCUCCAUCAGAGCAACUAAUCGUUCUGUGACAAGUAUUUUUAAAUUCUGAGGUUAAUUUCCAGGGUAACUUUUAACGCGCACAAUGGCUGAGAAGAUGGACAUGGAGGAAGGGAAGGCUUCCAACGGAGAGGCGCACCUCGACGAGCCGCUGGCCAACGGCAUGAACGGCCCCAGGAAGGGCAACCAGGAGCCGGCGGGCCAGCGGCUGAAGAGGAUAGUGAUGGCCAACCUGCUGGUGAUCCUCACGGUGGCCGGGGUCAUCAUCGGCGUCUUUAUUGGACUCGGCGUGCGCAACGUGGCACUGACAAGGACCCAGAUCAUCUACAUCGGUUUCCCGGGAGAGCUGCUGAUCCGGCUGCUGAAGAUGAUCAUCAUCCCCCUGGUGGUGUGCAGCCUGGUGUCCGGGGCCGCCAGCCUCGACCCCAAAGCCCUGGGUAAACUGGGCGGCUGGGCCAUGCUCUUCUUCCUGGUCACCACCUUAAUUGCUUCAUCCAUCGGGGUUGUGAUGGCUUUCAUCAUUAACCCGGGCUCCGUGACCACCAAACCCAAGGUGUCGGGCUUGGAUGACAGCGUGCCGGCCUCUAAAGAAGUCAUAGACUCCUUUUUAGAUUUGAUAAGAAACAUAUUUCCCUCCAACCUGGUUUCUGCUGCCUUUCAAUCAUAUGCAACCAGUUACAAGCUGGUUACCACUAAUGGCACAAAUGGACUCCCCAAUAUCACAGUGGAGAAGGUUCCCAUUGGAACAGACCAGGACGGGAUGAAUAUUCUGGGUCUGGUGGUGUUUGCCAUCGUGUUCGGUGUGGCUCUGAGGAAGCUGGGAGAGGAAGGAGAGAUCCUCAUUAAGUUCUUCAACUCCUUUAACGAGGCCACCAUGGUGCUGGUCUCCUGGAUCAUGUGGUACGCCCCUCUCGGUAUAAUGUUCCUUGUAGCUGGUAAGAUCGUAGAGAUGGAUGAUGUCGGCACACUAUUUGCCAGUCUUGGUAAAUAUAUCGCCUGCUGUAUCCUCGGACACGCCAUCCAUGGCCUUCUGGUGCUGCCUGGCAUUUAUUUUAUCAUCACACGAAAGAACCCGUACACCUUCCUCUGGGGGAUAUUCACCGCUCUGGCAACCGCCUUCGGAACGAGCUCCAGCUCUGCCACUCUGCCCCUGAUGAUGAAGUGUGUGGAGGAAAAUAACGGCGUUUCCAAGCACAUCAGCCGUUUCAUCCUGCCCAUCGGAGCCACGGUCAACAUGGACGGAGCCGCUCUCUUCCAGUGCGUCGCGGCUGUUUUCAUCGCUCAGCUCAACAACUAUCCACUGAACUUCAUCCAAGUCAUCACCAUCCUCGUGACGGCUACAGCCUCCAGUGUUGGAGCAGCAGGUAUUCCUGCUGGCGGUGUGUUGACUCUCGCCAUCAUCCUGGAGGCAGUCGGACUGCCAACCAAUGACAUCUCUCUAAUCCUGGCUGUUGACUGGCUUGUUGACCGUACCUGCACAAUCCUGAAUGUGGAGGGUGAUGCGUUUGGAGCCGGGCUUCUGCAGCACUUUGUGGAUCGCACUUCCAAACGAGAGGAGGGCGUGGAGCUGAGCGAGGUCAGGCUGGACGGCGACUCGUUAGCUCCCGCCCCCGAGCACUCGCCGCUCAUUGAGAAGCGAGGUGGCCGGGACAGUGCAGAAGCUGCUAAGAAGGCUGGAGAAAAAGAGCUGGUCAUGUAAAACCAGCAGCUGACACCAUCACUGACAAUAAUAUUUUACACUCCUGCAAAAACUGAAACCUGAGGUUUUAAACCGUCUUUUUCCGUUUUCUCGGCCCUGAAGAAAAGAAAAGAAAAGGAGGGACGUGCACGCUGCGGUUCUAUGAAAAGCUCUCGGUUUGUAACACUGUUCUGUGCAGAAAGCUAAAAAGGCAAGAG